GUGGAGCGGCUCGGCUCAGCAGGAGGAGAGGAAGGUACAUUUCAGCCAUGCAGGAGCGAGAAGACACACCUCUGGCGACAUUACAGCCGCAGACGAGAUGCCUGCGAUGUGGAGACGUGCUGGAGUGGUCCGAGGAGCACAGCGUCCUGCUGGGAUGUUCGUGCUGCUCCACGGUAGAUGAGACCCUGGAGAACGUAGCCAGAGGUCUGGCCAACAGGAUGAAGAAGGAGAAGAGCCACUGGGCGGCCGGACGAGUCGGAGACAUCGACUUCCUGUGCUCCACCAAGACCAGAGGAAAGUUCAUGAGGGUUCGCAGCAACACGGAGCCGGUGCUGAUCUACCAGAUGCUGACGGAGGAGUGGGGCCUGGCGCCUCCUCACCUGGUGGUGGCGGUGGUGGGCGGAGACGAGCUGGCCCAGAUGAAGCCGUGGCUCAGGGACACUCUGAGGAAAGGACUGGUGAAGGCGGCACAGAGCACAGGGGCCUGGAUUCUAACCAACGGCCUUCGCUUUGGCAUCACCAAACACCUGGGCCAGGCGGUGCGAGAUCACUCGCUGGCCAGCACCUCCUCCAAGGUUCGCGUCGUGGCCAUCGGCAUCGCCCCCUGGAGCAGGAUCCACAACCGAGAGGCGCUGCUCACUGCCAAGGUGGAUGAGCCAGCGGUGUACAAGCCCCAGGACCUGCCCCACGGCUCGGUCUACUCCCUGGACAGCCACCACUCUCACUUUGUUCUGGUGGAGGAGGAUCCCAACAGACCCGGGGCCACCAGCGAGAUGAGGGUGAAGUUGCUCAAGCACAUCUCUCUGCAGCGCACCGGAUAUGGAGGCACAGGAAGUUUCGAGAUCCCCGUUUUGUGUCUCUUGUGCCACGGAGAGCCCCGGAUCCUGAAGAGGAUGUACAAAGGAAUCGGCAAUUCGACUCCGUGGCUGAUCCUGGCGGGCUCCGGAGGCGUGGCCGACAUCCUGGUCACGCUGAUGAACCGGGGCUGCUGGGAUACGGACAGCGUCCACGAGCUGCUGCUGGACACCUUUCCAAACGCCCACCACAGCACAGACAUCAGUAACUGGGUCAAGCUGAUCCAGAAGAUACUCGACCACGGACACCUCCUCACCGUCCACGACCCUGAGCAGGAGAGCUCCGAGCUGGACACCGUCAUCCUCAAGGCUUUAGUUAAGGCUUGUAAGAGCCAAAGUCAGGAAGCUCAGGACUUCUUAGAUGAAUUAAAGCUGGCCGUGGCCUGGAACAGAGUGGACAUCGCCAAGAGUGACAUCUUUAAUGGAGACGUGGAGUGGAAGGCGUGUGACCUUGAAGAGGUGAUGAUGGACGCUUUGAUCAACGACAAACCGGACUUUGUGCGUCUCUUCGUGGACAACGGCGUGAACCUGGGCGAGUUCCUCACCUAUGGCCGCCUUCAGGAGCUGUACUGGUCGGUGUCGGAGAAGAGCCUCCUCCACAACCUCCUCCUCAAGAAGUACGAGGAGAAGCAGCUUCUUCUCGGAGCCGCCAGGACUCCAGGUCCACCGGGUCACCAUCCUCCCGAGACGGGGGACCGAAAACCCCGAUUCACCCUCUACGAAGUCGCCAAAGUGCUGAAAGACUUCCUCCACGACUCCUGCAAAGGCUUCUACCAGAAGGUUCCUACAGAGAAGCCAGCAAAGGGUCGAUUGUUCCACAACCACAAGAACUUGGCAGAGUUAGAGGAGCGCUGUGAACAUCCGUGGAGAGAUUUGUUCCUCUGGGCCGUCCUUCAGAACCGACAGCAGAUGGCCAACUACUUCUGGGCCAUGGGCCCCGAGGCGGUUGCGGCAGCGCUGGCGGGUUGUAAGAUUCUCAAAGAGAUGGCACGACUGGAAUCUGAGGCCGAGUCUGCACGCAGCAUGAAGGAGGCCAAGUAUGAGCAGUUCGCCCUUGAUGUCUUUGGAGAGUGUUACUCCAACAGCGAGGACAGGGCUUAUGCUUUGUUAGUGAGGAGAACACACUGCUGGAGCAAAUCUACGGUCCUUAACUUGGCAACCGAAGCAGAUGCCAAAUCCUUCUUUGCCCACGACGGAGUUCAGGCUCUGCUCACAAAGAUCUGGUGGGGAGCCAUGACGACGGACACAGCCAUCUCCAAACUGGUGGUGUCCUUCUUCUGUCCACCACUGAUCUGGACCAACCUCAUAAAGUUCAGUGACGAGGAGCUUGAUAAUCGAAACAGUAACCAGCAGUUUGCGGAGCUGGACAGUCUGGAUACAGAAAAGGCGUUACUGCUAACUGACGACGACGACCCUCUAGAUUCUCCUCCUGGAGGUCCAGCAGCUCAGAGCUGUGCCUCAGUCUGGUGGCGUUUCCUUCUCCGUCGCUGGCGUCGUUUCUGGAGCGCUCCCGUCACCGUCUUCCUCGGCAACGUCAUCAUGUACUUCGCCUUCCUCUGCCUCUUCACCUACGUCCUCCUGCUGGACUUCCGCCCGCCGCCGCCCUCCGGCCCCGGAGCCGCGGAGAUCAUGCUCUACUUCUGGGUCUUCACCUUGGUGCUGGAGGAGCUUCGACAGAGCUUCUUCACCGAUGAAGAGAUUAGCAUCUUGAAGAAGUUCAAGCUCUACGUCGAGGACAACUGGAACAAGUGUGAUAUGGUCGCGAUUUCGCUGUUUGUUGUCGGGGUUUCAUGCAGGAUGGUUGAUGACACCUAUGAGGCAGGAAGGACGGUCCUGGCGAUAGAUUUCAUGGUUUUUACUCUACGUCUCAUCCACAUCUUCGCCAUCCACAAGCAGCUCGGACCCAAGAUCAUCAUCGUGGAAAGAAUGAUGAAGGACGUGUUCUUCUUCCUCUUUUUCCUGAGCGUUUGGCUCAUUGCUUACGGAGUCGCCACCCAGGCUCUUCUUCAUCCCAAUGACCCGAGGAUCGACUGGGUGUUUCGCAGAGCUCUGUACCGACCAUAUCUGCACAUUUUUGGACAGAUCCCCUUGGAAGAGAUAGAUGCUGCUCGCAUGCCUGAAAUUAACUGCACCAAUGACUCAGAGGAGAUUAUCAUGGGCCUGCGGCCACCGUGUCCCAACGUUUAUGCCAACUGGCUGGUCAUCCUGCUGCUGGUUAUCUUCCUCCUCGUCACCAACGUCCUGCUGCUCAACCUCCUCAUCGCCAUGUUCAGCUACACCUUCCAGGUAGUUCAGGGCAACACGGACAUCUUCUGGAAGUUCCAGCGAUACAACCUGAUAGUGGAAUACCACAGCCGCCCAGCGCUGGCUCCACCCUUCAUCAUCAUCAGCCACCUCUCCCAGAUCCUCCUCAGCCUCGUCAAACAGCCCGAGUCCAAGCAGGAGCAUCUCGAGAGGGAGCUGCCGGCCGGCCUGGACCAGAGGCUGAUAACCUGGGAGACGGUGCAGAAAGAGAACUACCUGGCCAAGCUGGAGCGCCAGCACUGGGAGAGCAGCGAAGAGAGGCUCAAGAGCACCUCUUCCAAGGUUCAGAGCUUGCUAAAGAUUGUCGGUGGAUUCAAGGACCAAGAGAGGCGACUGGCAGCGAUGGAAGCUCAGGUGAGAUACUGUGGAGAGGUGCUGUCCUGGAUGGCCGAGUGCUUCGCUAAGAGCACACUCAAAUGUGGAAAAGACGCACCGAGAGCUCCAACAUCUCUGACGGGCUUGAAGGCAGGCAGCAGCUCAGAUGCACCUCAGAGUCAAGCAGAAGCCAAACAAGAAGAGGACGAAGACAAACCAGGUCACCCAGGAUACGGAGCUAACAAAAAGUUUCCUUACAUUGAUGAAUAAAAGCGAUGAUAACUGGUAGCACACAGACAGCUAAUGAUUGAAAUAUGAUGGAAAGAGGUCUGACAUUUAAUUUAAAUGAAUAAAAACUGUUGUAUUUAUGGAUUUUA